AUGGAUGAAAUUCUUUAUUUUUAUGAUGAGGAAGAGGUAUCUAUAAUCAAUUUAAGUUAAGAAUACAUUUUAAGGUGUUGAUGCUUUAAAAUAGAUGGGAAAUGUUAGAUAAGUAUGUAAGGGAUUCCUCAAAAAUUAGUAUCAAAUUUUAUCAGGUAUUUUUGUUUGUUAGUUGGUUUAGAGAAUGGAUGUGUUUACUAUUUAGAACUUGGGAAAUCAUUUUAUAAGAUUCCUACUUGGAAUUGUAAAGUGAAACAAAUAGCAACAAAUGAAUCAGUUACUUUGUUGUUAACCUACUCAGGAUAGUUAUUUGGAUUUGGAGAGGAUAAAUUGUAAUUAGGUAUGAUUCAUAAUUACUUUAGGUUUGUUGGGCAAUGAGAAAUGCUAUAUUUCCUAAAGCCCAAUAAAGAUCGGUAAUGAUUACAAGAGCAUAUCGUUAUCUUCUAACAUUGGAUGUUGUUUAGAUUAUAAAGGAUAAGCUUGGAUAUGGGGGAAUACUCCUUUGGGAAGAAGUGAUAUUCCAAUAAGAAUAGAAGGAAGGUUUAUAAAGAUCUGUGCUGCAAAAGAUUAUGUUAUUUUUACUGAUUAACAGGCUUAAGUUCAAGUAUUGAGUGAGAUAUUUAAAUUAUCAAAUGAAUACUUUACUUGUAAAAAUAUGUGGACAAUUUCAAGAGCUGAACAGAUAGAUACAAAUUAUUUAAUCGUGAAUGAGAUUUUACCAAAUGACAGAUAUUCAAUCCUAUUAUCUAGUAAUUAUUCAAUAUAAAAAUAGAUAAAAAUCGUAUGUUUCUAUUGAUUAACAAUAAUGGAAGAUAUAUAGUAAGAAGAUUGGCAAUAAAUAUAAGAAUCCAUCAUUUAUAAUAGACUAACUACUACAUCUAUUGUUUUACUGAAGAAUGCCGAUUAAUUAAAAUUGAUAAGGCAAAUCUUUAUACCAAUGAAAGCAAUGAAUUAUAACAAAUUAAUGAAUAGAUAAGAUUCCAACUACCAGAACAUGAAUUAAAGCAUUUAAGUUCAAUCCAACCAAUUUUUGCUACUAAAUAUGCUUUCAAUUUACCUGCAUUUAUUGUUGAUAAAAGAAGAUUUAAUGAAGGAAUAUCAGUGUUAAGAUAAUAACAUAUUGAAGUAGAUGUUCAAGCUCAUCUAAGAUCAACAGAAACUAAAUUAUCUAUUAUAAAAUAAAUUUCUCCUAUAAAAAGUUCAAAACAAUUAUUCUCAUCUCGUGUUAUGAGUAAAUCUAGAACUUUAAUUGCAUCUCCAAUUUAGAGAUUCUAUUAUUCACCAUAAUAACAAGAAAAAAUUCAUCAUUUCUAAACUCCAAAAAAAGGAGCUCCUAUUACACCAGCAAGAUAUGUACAAACAUUCCUUACUUAACAUUCUCCAAGUCCCAUUGCCAAAUCUUUUUUAUAAGAAUAAAGGGAUAAUAAUCAUUAAAUUUCUACUGUUAAAAAAGCUAAUUUAUUAAGAUUACUCAUUUAAGAUAUUUAAAAGUCCAUUAAUAAACUUGGUAAUUUAUAAUAAGUUCCAAUUGAUAUGAGAGAUCGCACUCAUUCAAGAAGAAGCAGUUCUGUUCAUUUAGAUUAAGUUUAAUCCAUGAUUGUCGAAUUAGGAAAUGCACAAUAAAGAAAUAAUAGCCAAGAAAAAACUAAUAAAUUAAAUAAUUCAUUUAAUAGUAGAGUAUCUUAACAUGAUAAUAAAAAUACAAAUGCAAGUUCACUCUUUCAAUCUGAGUAGGAUUUAAUUGAAGAAUUAAGAGCUUCAGAACCUUUAGAUAUGAUAGAAGAAGAAUAUUUAGAAUAUGAUGAAGAAACUGACUAAGUUAAAAGAGUUUUAAUAAGAAGACCUAUUGAUUAAGAUUAUGAAUAUGGUAAUAAUCUCAAAUAAGAUAUGGGUGAUGGUAAAAUAUUAGUAUCUAGAAAAUUGGUUAAUGUUACAGAUGAAGAAGGAUGGAAUAAAUAAGAAAAUGGAGAACUUAAAAAAGUUAUUAGUGAAUAAGAACCUUAAAGAUAUAUUGAAGAAGAAAUUCUUAUUGAAAAUCCUAAAACUGGCUAAUUGAUUAGAAAAAUAGUUAGAAUACCGUAUAAUGAUUAAAAUGUUAAAUUAGGAGAAGGAUUAAAUGAGGUUAAUGCUCAAGGAUAAAGAAUUAUUGGUCGUCGAAUUGUAGCAAAUGAAUAUUCUACUGAAUAGUUAGAUUAAGAAGGAUGGGUUAUAAAAGAAUCAAAAUUAGAAAGAAUACUUGGUAAUAGAGAACCAAAUAAAUAUGUUGAAGAAGAAUUAUUAGAAGUAAAUCCAUAAACAGGUUAAAUAGAAAGAAAAAUCAUUAGAAGAAAAUAUGACAAAAAUAGAAAAUUAGAAGAAGGAUAAAAAUUAGUAUCAAGUAGAAUUGUAGAUAAUAUAUAAUCAUCUAAAUAAUUGGCAUAGGAUGGAUGGGAAUGUAAUUUUAAUUUAGGAAUUGCAUAAAAAUAUAUAUAAAAUGAAGAUGAAGUUUUUUAUAUUGAAGAAGAAAUCUUAAUUGUAUCUUAAAAGAAACAAGACAGAAAAUUAAUUAGGAAAAUCUAUUUUGAUGAAUAAUCUCUAAAUAAAGUUUAGUAAGAAUUUGGAGAAAAUUUGUAUGAAAUAUAAAUAUAAGGAAUUAGAAUAAUUGCUAGAAGAAUUAUUAAAGGUGAGAAAUAAAUUGAAAAAGAUUGGAAAUAUUAUUCAGAUAAAUAAUAUUGGGAAAAAGUAAUUAGUCAAGGGGAGUCAUGUAAAUAUAUAUAAGAAACUAUUAUUGAAAUAGAUUUUGAUAAUUAUGAAUAAACUAAAAAAUAAAUUAGAUUUGAUUUAGAAGUUAAUGAAUAAUAAUUAAUACUUGGAGAUCAAUUAGAUGAAAUAUAAUUUGAUGGAAAUUAAAUUAUUUCUAGAGAAAUAGGUGAUAAUAUUGAAUCAACAAUUUUUCUUAGAGAAUAAGGUUGGAUUAAAAAUAGAAGUGGAUAAUUAGAAAAAAUAAUCUCUAUUGAUAAAAUAUUAAAUUUUUAUGAGGAAGAGAUUUUAAUAUAAAAUUUAUCAGCUGGUAAGUAAUAAAGAAAAUUAAUUCGAAGACCUAUUUUAGAAGAUGGAGAAAAAUGUUAAUUAGGAGAUGACUUAAAUGAAAGAAUUACUGAUGAUUAAGUUGUAGUAAGUAGAAAAAUAGUUAAAAAUGAUGGUAAUAUUGAAAAUUGGAAGAAAAAUGAAAUUACAAGAAAUCUAGAAAAAAUAUUAAUUUAAAGUGAACCUAUUGAAUUUAUUGAAGAAGAAGUACUAACAUUUAAUUAAUAAACUGGAACUAUGAUUAGAUAAUUAAUCAAAAGACCAUCUGUUAAUAAAGAUAAAAUUUAAUUUGGUAAUUUGAAAGAAGUUGAUAAGGAUGGUAAUAUAAUUGUUAAACGUACACUUGUACCUAAUUUAAAAUUACUUGGUUCAGAUUGGACAAGAGGAUCUAUGGGAUCAUAUAGAUAAACUAUAGCUGAAGAACCUGAAGAAUAUGUUGAAGAAGAAAUUAUUGUGAUUAAAAAUGGAAAAUAAGAAAGAAAAUUAGUUAGAAGACCAUUUAUUUAAGAUGAUUUAUAAAGAAAUUAUGGAGAUGACAUUAAUGAUACUAAUUAAAAUGGAGAAAGAGUAGUUGCAAGAAGAGUUGUUGGAAAUGAUCAAUCUAAAGAAUAAUUAGAAUAAUAAGGAUGGAAAUUAAAUGAGAAUGGAGAAUUAGAAAUUAAAUAAAUUGAACCUACUGAAUAUCUUAUUGAAGAAAUUCUUAGUUUUAAUAAAGAAACUGGUAAUUAUGAAAGAAAAAUGAUUAAAAGAUAAAUGACUAAAUAAGAUGAAAAAUUAAAUUUUGGUGAAAAUUUAACUGAAGUAGACAAAAAUGGGAAUAAAAUAUUAUCUAGAUAAGUAAUUUAAAAUCUUUAAUCUCUUAAUAAAUAGAAGGAAGAUGGAUGGAUUGAAUAAAAUGGAAAUUUUGAGAAAAUUAUUAAUAUUUAAGAACCUGAAAAAUAUAUAGAAGAAGAAGUGAUCUUAUAAAAAAAUGGAAUUUAAGAAAGAAAACUAAUUAGAAGACCAUACAAUAAUCAAUAAGUUAAUAUAGGAGAAAAUUUAAAUGAAGAUCAUAAUGGAAUGAAAAUUGUCUCGAGAAGAAUUGUUUCUAAUGAUUAAUCCUCUUUAUAAUUGUAAAAUGAAAAAUGGAUUAGAAAUAAUAAAGGUUAAUUAGAAUUAUAAAUAUCAAAAUCUGAACCUUAAUAAUUUAUUGAAGAGGAAGUUUUAGCAUAUAAUUAAGAGACUGGCUAGUUGGAAAGAAAAUUAAUUCGUAGAUAAUAUAAUCCAAAUAAAGAUGGUAAAUUAUAAACUGGUGUAGAAUUAAAUGAAUUUGAUUCCAAUGGAAAUAAAAUAUUAUCUAGAUCAAUCAUUGAUAAUACUAAAUCAUUCAAAUCUAAUCAAUAAGAUGGAUGGACUUCUUAAAAUAAUGGAACUUAAAUUAAAGUAAUUUCAUCACGUGAGCCUGAAGCAUACAUAGAAGAAGAAAUUCUUGUUAUAAAUCCAAAAACAGGAAAGUAAGAAAGGAAAUUAAUUAGAAAACCUUAUUAUCAAGAAGAUCUUGAUAUUGGAGAAUCAAUUAAUGAAAUUAAUGAUGGAUAAAGAGUUGUUGCUAGAAGAAUAGUAUAAAAUGAUCAAUCAAUUUAUGGAUAACAAAAUUGGUAAUAAUAAAAAGGAUAAGAAAUCUAAGAGAUUAUUCUUAAUGAGGAACCUACUUAAUACAUAGAGGAAGAAAUAUUAAUCAAAAAUAAAAAUGGUUAAAUUAUUCGAUAAAAAGUUAGAAAACCUUAUGAUCCAAAUAAAAAAAUAUAAACAGGAAAUGUUCAUGAAUAACUUUAAGAUGGAACUGUUGUUGUUAAUAGAAAGAUAGUUGAUAAUAAUUUUUCAUAAGCUGAAAUGAAAAAUUGGAAAACUGAUAACAAAGGAUAAUUAGUUUAAGUUAUUAAUUAAAAUGAGCCAGAACGUUAUAUAGAAUAAGAAGUUUUAAUUAUAAACCCAAAAACUGGAAAACAAGAAAGAAAAUUAAUCAGGAAACCUUAUACUAAUCAAAAUGAAGAUAUAGGAGAUGAUUUAAAUGAAUCAAUAGGUCCUAAUACUAAAGUAAUCUCAAGAAGAAUAGUUUCAAAUGAUCAUUUUUCUGAUGAUUGGUAAUUUAAUAAUGGUCAAUAUGAACAAGUUUUAAAUAAUAACGAACCUGUAAAAUAUCUAGAGGAAGAAGUUUUAGUUAAAAAUAAUUAGACUGGAAAAUUAGAAAGGAAAUUAAUUAGAAGACCAUACUAAAAAGAUUAAAAAUUAGGCGAUAAUUUAAAUGAAUAAAAAAAUGGUGUUACUGUAUUAAGUAGAAAGGUUGUUGAUAAUAGAUCAAGAUAAGGAUGGGAAUAAAAGGGAUAGAAUCUUGAGAAAAUCUUAAAUGAUAAUGAAGUUGAAGAAUACAUUGAAGAUGAAAUCAUCAUUUAAAAUAAAAAAACUGGUAAAUAAGAGAGAAAAUUGAUUAGAAGAAAUGUAAAUGAUCCUCCUCCUAAAGAAGGUAUUAUUGUAUCAAGCAAAAGAGUUUAAAAUACGGAAACUAAUGAGUAAUAAAAAUAAGCUGGUUGGAUUUAAUAAGAUGGUUAACUUGUUAAAGUAAUUGCUAAGAAUGAACCUACUAAAAUGAUUAUAGAAGAAGUUUUGUAAUAUAAUGAUGAAACAGGUUUAAUGGAAAGAAAAUUAAUAAAGAGACCAUAUGAUCCAAAUAAUAAGAAGUAAGAUAUAUAAAAUGGAACUGUAUUAUCAAGAAAAAUUGUUGAUAAUGUUGAGGCUUAAGAUUAAGGAUAAUAAUGGGUAUUAAAGAAUGGAUAAUUUGAAUAGAUUUUGUGUGAUGAUGAACCUGAAUAAUUUAUAGAAGAAGAAAUAAUAAUUAUAAAUUAAAAAACUGGAAAAUAAGAAAGAAAAUUAAUAAGAAGACCUUUGAAAAAUGAUGAAGAUCCAGAUAUCGGAGAAUCUUUAAAUGAAUCAAUAGGAAAUGGAAAAAAAGUUGUAGCUAGAAGAAUUAUCUAAAAUAAUCAAACCAGUGAAGAGCUUCAAUAAUGGUAAAAAAAUGGAGAUAUUAUGGAAAAAUAAUUAGCUGCGGAUGAGCCUGCUAAAUUUAUUGAAGAAGAAAUUCUUGUCCUUAAUCCAGAAACUAAAUAAUUAGAGAGAGUUCUUGUUAGAAGAUAAUAUGAACCAUGCUAAGUUGGAUAAGUUAGUGAAACUGAUAAGAAUGGUAAUAAAAUAGUUUCAAGGAGAAUUGUUGAAAAUGUUGAGUCUUCAUAAAAUGGAUGGUAAAAAGUUAAAGGAAUUUUGAAAAAGGUUGUUGCUGUUGAACCAGUUAAAUAUAUUGAAGAAGAAGUCUUAAUUAUAAAUUAGAAGACAGGAAAGCAAGAAAGAAAACUUAUUAGAAGACCGUUGAAGGAUGGGUAGGAUCCUGGAGAACUAGGAGAUUCAUUGAAUAUAUCUUCUGAAGAAGGUUAUAAAAUUGUAUCAAGAAAGAUAGUAGAUAAUGAUCAAGCUAAAGAAGCAAUGUACGAAUGGACUGAAGUUGAUGGUGUAAAAAUUAAAAAGAUAGGAGUUGAACCAAUCAAAUUUAUUGAAGAAGAGGUGUUAGUCUUAAAUCCAGAGACUGGUAUGAUGGAAAGAAAGAUUAUCAAAAAGCCUUAUAAUCCUUCGGUUAAAGUUGGAAAUAAUCUUAAUAUUUAAGAUUCUUAAGGGAAUUUAGUACUCUCAAGAAAGGUAGUUGAAAACAAUUAAUCAACAUCAAAAUCUUAAUGGAAAUAAGGACAAACAGAAAUAUUUAUUCAAGAAGAGCCAGCCUAGUAUAUCGAAGAAGAGAUUCUAGUUUUGAAUCCUAAAAAUGGAUAAUAGGAACGAAAAAUAGUCAGGAAACCAUAUUAUGGAGAAGAUAUUGAAUUGGGAGAUGAAUUAGAUGAAGAAGUGUCUAAAAAUUAACAUGUAGUAGCAAGGAGAAUUGUUAACAAUGAUUAAUCACUUGAUUUAUUAAAAUAAUGGAAAAAAUAAGGGGAUGAGUUAGUUAUGACAAUCAGUUCUAAUGAACCAACUUAAUAGAUUGAAGAGGAAGUCUUGGUUCUUAAUCCUGAAACUGGUAUGAUGGAAAGAAAAAUAAUUAGAAGAGAUUAGAAUUCAUCACCUUAAUAUGACAAAGUAAUUUCAAGAAAAGUAGUCGAUAAUAGAAAGUCAUCUAUUGUUCUUAAUAAAUAAGGAUGGAAAUAAACUAAUCCUGGUACAAUUGAAGUUGUUUUAGGAGAAGAACCUGAAUAAUAUAUUGAAGAAGAGAUAAUUCAAGCGAAUCCUAAAACUGGUAAAUAGGAAAGAAAAUUAAUUAGAAAGCCAUAUUAUGGAUAAGAUAUUGAGAUUAGUGAUGAAUUGAAUGAAUCAAUAGGUGGAGGUUAGAGAGUAGUAUCAAGAAGGAUAGUUGAUAAUGAUGCAUAAGUAAAUUGGGAGAAGAAGAAUGAUUAAUAUGAGUUGAAAAUAGCAAAUACAGAACCAAUAAAAUUUAUAGAGGAAGAAGUGGUUUGUUUUAAUCCAAAAACUGGAAUGGUAGAAACAAAAAUAAUAAGAAGGCCAUAUCAAAAGAAUGCAAAAUUAGGAAGUGAAUUAUAUGAAGAGACAAAUGAUGGUGUUGUCUUAUCUAGAAAGGUAGUUGAUAAUUUUGAAUCAAUAAAAAAAUAAGAAGAAUGGGAAAAGGGUUAAGAUGGUAACAUGAUGAAAAUAAUCUCAACGAAGAAACCUGAUUAGUUUAUUGAAGAAGAAGUUAUCAUAGUCAAAAAUGGAAAAUAGGAAAGAAAGAUUAUUAGAAAACCAAUAUUAUAUGAUUAAUAAGUAGAAGAAUCUGAUGAUCUUAAUUAAGACAUCGGAAAUGGAUAGAGAGUACUUUCAAGAAAAAUAGUCAAAGGAGAAGAAGGAAAGGAGUUUGAAUUAAAAAAUGGAGUUUUUGAGAAGUAAAUUUCAAAGAAUGAACCAACUAAAUUCAUAGAGGAAGAGAUUCUAGUUUAUAAUGAAGAAACUGGAAUGAUGGAUAGAAAAUUAAUAAGAAGACCAUUUACAGAAGGACAAAGAUAGUAUGACGAAAAUGGAAAUAAAAUUUUAUCAUCAAAAGUGAUUGAUAAUAAUAAAUCAUUAAAUUCAAUGUAAGAAUGGAAUUCUAGUAAAAAUGGAUAAAUAGAAAUUGUAUUAUCAGCUGAACCAGAAUAAUAUUAUGAAGAAGAAGUUCUUAUUUUUAAGAAUGGAAAGGCUGAAAGAAAAUUAAUUAGAAAACCAUGUAAUGGGUAAUCCUUGAAUUUAGGAGAUGAUUUAAAUGAAACUGAUGGACAAAUGAAAGUACUAUCAAGAAAGAUUGUAAAUAAUGAAAUGACAACUACUUAAAAAUAAUAGUGGAAUUAAUAAUAAAAUGGAUGUUUAGAGAAGGUUCUAUCUUAAAGUGAACCUAUAAAAUAUAUUGAAGAAGAGAUCUUGGUUUGCAAUGAGGAAACUGGAUUGAUGGAGAGAAAAAUAAUUAGAAGACCAUUCACCUAAAAGGAUGCUUAAUUAAAAUAAGGAAAUAAUCUAACAGAAGUUAAUUCAUAAGGUGAUAGAAUAGUAUCAAGAAAAAUUGUUGAAAAUGCUUUAACUGAAGAAAAGAAAUAAGAGUGGGUAACAGAUAAAAAUGGAAAGAUGGAAAAAACUAUCUCAUAAGAACCAUUAUAAUAUAUUGAAGAAGAAGUUUUAGUUAUCAACAAAGAUGGAAAAUAAGAAAGAAAAUUAAUAAGAAAACCAUAUUAUGGAUAAGAUUUAUAAAUUGGUGAAGAAUUGAAUGAAGGAAAUGGAAAUACUAAAAUUAUAGCCAGAAGAUUAAUUGAUAAUUAAUAAUCAAGUUAAGAAUUAUAAAAAUGGUAAAAGAAAGGAGAUUAAAUGGAAUUAAUAUUAGUUAAGGAAGAACCAACUUAAGUUGUAGUUGAGGAAGUACUUAUGUAUAAUUCAGAAAAAGGCGUUAUGGAAAGAAAGUUUAUUACAAGACCAAUAAACUCUAAGGAAAUUGAUGAUCCAAAUGUCAAAGUAUUAUCAAGAAAGGUUGUCGAUAAUCUAAAGAGUUAAUAAUUAGGUGAGUAAGUGAUUGCAGAAGAACCUGAACAAUAUAUUGAAGAAGAAAUCAUAACUAUAAAUCCAAGAACUGGUAAAUAAGAAAGAAAACUCAUAAGAAGACCAUAUUAUGGAGAAGAAAUAGAAUUGGGUGAUGAUAUGGAUGAAGCUGGACAAAAAGGAGAGCGAAUCAUUUCAAGAAGAAUAGUAGAAAAUGAGGAGACUACUGAGGGAUUAAAAGAGUGGAAAUAAUAACCUGAUGGAUCAAUGGUUAAAAUUCUAGCUUAGAAUGAGCCUGUAAAAUAUAUUGAAGAAGAAAUUUUGGUUUUGAAUCCUGAAACUUAAUAGAUGGAAAGAAAGCUCAUUCGUAAACCAUAUAAUCCAAAUGCUAAAUUAGGAAAUGUUAAGGAAACUGAUUAAGAUGGGAAUGUAAUUGUUUCAAGAAAAAUAGUUGAGAACAAAUAGUCAUAACGAAGAUGGACAGUAAAAUAGGAUGGAAAAUUAGAAUAAGUAAUUUCUAAAGCUGAACCAAUUUAAUUUAUUGAAGAGGAAGUCUUAGUUCUUAAUCCUAAAACAAAUCAAAUGGAAAGGAAAAUCAUUCGUAGACCUAUGUAAGCAGGUGAUUCAGAAUUGGAUACUGGAGAUUCUUUGAAUGAAUCUAGAGGUAAUUAAAAGGUUGUCGCAAGGAGAGUUGUAUAAAAUGAAUAAUCUCAAGAUUAACUUUAGAAGGAAGGAUGGAUAAUUGAUAACAAAUCAGGGUAAAUGGAGUUGGUUUCUAAAGAACCUAUUAAAUAUAUAUAAGAGGAGAUACUAGUAUAAACAGAGGAUGGAUAAUUGGUAAGAAAAUUAGUCAGAAAACCUUUUAAUCCCAAAUUAAAAAUAGGAACAAAUUUAUAAGAAACAGAUAAUGAUGGUAAUAGAGUUUUAUCAAGGACAGUUAUUGAAAAUAAUUAAUCAUUGGCUAGUUUGUAAGCUGAUGGAUGGAAUGUUUAGAAAUAAGAAAAAGUGAUAUCUUAAGAACCUUUGUAAUAUAUUGAAGAGGAAGUUAUUAUUGUGAAUCCAAAGACAGGUAAACAGGAAAGAAAGAUUAUAAGAAAACCUUAUUAUAAUGAAAAUGUAGCUAUUGGUGAUUAAUUAAAUGAAGUAAAUGGUGGAUAGAGAGUAUUAGCAAGAAGGAUAGUGGAUAAUGAAUAAUCUCUAAAUUAAUUGAAUGAAGAAGGAUGGAAAAUGAAAGAUGGAAAUUUGGAAAUAACAAUGACAGAGCCAUCAUAAAUGAUUGAAGAAGAAAUAUUAGUUUAUAAUGAAGAAAGUGGAUUAUAUGAACGUAAAUUAGUAAGAAGAUAAUAUGAUGCAAAAAGAGAUUCCACUUUAUAAUUGGGCUAAUUGAAGGAGUUUGAUCAAAAUGGAAAUAAGAUUCUAUCAAGAAGAAUAGUAGAGAAUGUAGAAUCGAGUUAAUAAUUACAAAAGGGUGGAUGGGUUAAUCAUUAAGGAGUUUUAGAGAAAACAAUAAAUGUUCAGGAACCUGAUAAAUUUAUAGAGGAGGAAGUAUUGAUAAUAAAUCCAAAGACAGGUAAAUAGGAAAGAAGAUUGACAAGACGACCAUAUUAACCAGGAGAUGAAAAAAUGGAAAUGGGAGAUAAUAUUCUAGAUUAAUAAGGUGGAAAAAAGAUAGUAUCAAGACGUAUAGUAGAGAAUGAUAGUUCAUCUGAAUUUUAAUUGUAAUAAGGAUGGAAAUAAAUAUCUGCUGGAAUGUUUGAAGUAUAAUUGUGUGCAGCUGAACCAGUCAAAUAUAUUGAAGAGGAGAUUUUAAUUGUCAAUAAGUAAACGAAAUAAAUGCAAAGGAAACUUAUUCGAAGAUAAUACACUAUUAAAGAUUAAAAUCUAAAAUUAGGGGAUGAUAUUAAAGAGAAAGAUGCAUAAGGAAAUAGAAUUUUAGCAAGACGUCUGAUUGAAAAUGUUUAAUCUUUAACUUAAUUGAAAAAAGAAGGAUGGACAAAAUUAGCUGAUGGAACAUUAGAAAAAAUAUUAUCAGCUAUAGCUUAAAAAUUCAUUGAGGAAGAGAUUUUAGUGUAUAAUCCAAGAACAGGGAAGUAAGAAAGAAGAUUAACAAGAAGACCUGUAAUGUUGGAGGAUGAUAAAUUUAAAGUUGGAGAAUAGAUUAAUGAAUAAUUGAAUGAUGGUACUAAAGUAGUAGCUAGAAGAAUUGUUGAUAGUGAUUUUGCAUUUACUAGUUGGUAAUAAAAUGAUGAAGGAGUGUUGAUUCAUUAAAUAAGUGAAGCUGAACCAAUGAAAUAUAUAGAGGAGGAAGUUUUGUAAGUGAAUCCAGAGACAGGGAUGAUGGAAAGAAAAUUGAUUAGAAGACCAUAUAAUGAUUAAAAUUUGAAUUUGGGAUAAAAUAUUAAUGAAAGUAAAGAUGAUGGUACAAUUGUAUUAUCAAGAAAAUUAGUUGAAAAUAAUGGGUCAUUAGCUUAAUGGAGAAGAGAAUCAGAUGGUAAAUUGGUAAAAGUAAUUAAUCAUGAAGAACCAGAACAGUACGUUGAGGAGGAAAUUAUAACGAUUAAUCCAAAAACAGGUAAACAAGAAAGAAAAUUAAUAAGAAGACCAUUUACAGAAGAUGAUAGAAAUGCAAUUAUUGGAGAUUAAAUAAUUGAUGAAAUUAAUAAUGGAUAGAAGGUUAUAUCAAGAAGAAUAAUUUCAAAUUUAUGUUCAAGUGAUGAUUGGAAAUAAAAUGAGGAUGGACAUUUUGAGAUUGUUGUUGCAUCCUAAGAACCAAUAAAAUUUAUAGAAGAAGAAGUUCUAUCAUAUAAUGAAUAGACUGGAAUGAUGGAAAGAAAAUUAAUUAGAAGAGUAUUUUCAGCAUCAGCAUAAUUAGGUAAUAAUUUAUAAGAGACAGAUGAUAAAGGAAAUAUUGUUAUUUCAAGAAGAGUGGUUGAGAAUUUGUUAUCUUCAGAAUAAUAAAAGAAAGAUGGAUGGAAAGAAAAUUAAGGAAAUUUGGAAUUGUUAUUGAAUGCAUAAGAAUCAUUGUAAUUAGUUGAAGAAUAAGUAUUAAUUAGAAAUUCAGAGACUGGCAAAUAAGAAUUAGUAUUAAGACGUCGUCCAUAUGUAGAAGGUGAAGAAUUAAUUAAUCCAAGUGAUGGAUUAUUAUUGUCUAGAAAAAUAAUAAAAAAUAAUUAAUCAUAAGGAUAAUUAUUUAAUGAAGGUUGGAGUAAAACAAAUGGAUAAUUAGAGAAAAAGAUUCAUAAUGUAAUUAAUCCAAUAUUAUCAAAUAAAUUGAUUCCAGAUGAUCCUACUUCAUUAUAUUAUCUUGAAGAAGAUCAUAUUUUGACAAAUCCUAAUACAUAAGAAUAAGAAAUACAUGAACUUAAAUUUCCAUAUUAAGGUAAUUAACAUUUGAAGAUUGGAGAGGGUUUAAGAGAAAGAGAUGAUUCAGGUAAUCAAAUUAUUGCAAGAAAGAUAGUCACUAAUAUAGAUCCUGAUUAUAAUCCUUAUUAAGAUGUAGAGGAAAUUACAGAGAUAAUUGGAAGUGGAAAAGUUAAUGAAUUUUAUGCACUUUAGAAAUUGGUUAAUAUUACUGAGGUUAUAAUAAGUAAGAAUUUAAAUGAGAAAUAACCAAAUGGAUUUAUCAUUAGAUCCAGAAUUGUUAUUAAUGAAUAUUAAAAGACUUAAUAAUAAGGUUGGAGAAAAUUAAGUGAAUCAGAAAUACCACAAGGAAUAAGAUAAUGGAAUUAGAAUAAAAGAUCAAUGUAUUAAAUUGAUGAAGAUAGUUAAGAACAUAGAGAUUCUUAAUAUAGAUCAGUUGAUGAAUAAAAUUAAAUUAGAAUUUUGGAUUAAAAAUUAAGUGUUAAUGGAAAAUAUGUAGAGGAAGAGAUUUUGAUAAAGAAUUAACAUACUAAUAAAUAUGAGAGAAGACUUUAAAGAAGAUAUACAAAUGAAAAUACAUUUGGUGAUGAUAUAGAUGAAUUAAUAUAAGAUAUUAAAUAUCUGGCUAGAACAGAAGUUUAAUUUUAAUUAGAAUUAACAAAGUAAGGAUGGAUUGAAGUUGGUAAUUAAAUAUUAUAAAGAGUUAUUGCUAAAAAUGAGACAUUAUAAAUGAUUGAAGAGGAACUAUGUAAUAAAGAAAAACAUGUAUAAAUGUUCAUUCUAAAACCUUAUAAAAAUGAAUAGAUUUAGAUAGGUGAAAUGGAUGAAUUAUAAGAAAAUGGUUUACAUUUAGUCAAAAGAUAAAUUAUUAAUAAUAGAUCUUUGGCAUAUUAUAAAAAUAAUGAUUUUAUUAAGAAUAAAGAUGGAACCUAUAUUAAAUAAAUUAAAGGUGGUAUCACUAUGAAGAUUCCAAAAUAUCAAGAAUAAAAUUUUGUAAGAAGACCUACAUAGAGAUUGUCUUAAAUUUAAUAAAUUGAAUAACACAAUAAUAAUAUAAUUAAGAUAGGAAUAACAGAAAAUGGAUAAGAUGAACCUGCAAUUGUAAAUAGAACUACAAAUUCUGAUAUUUCAGAAACUGAUAAGAUGUUUCUCAAAUAAUUAGAAAGAGGAUCUAAGAAAGAUAGAUCAAAUAUAUAUUAAAAUAUUCUGAAUGAUGAAUAAUUGAGAGGUAGAAUCAACUCAGAUAAGAAUAAUAAGAGUCCUUCUUCACCUUUUAGUGAAUGUGCAAUACCAAAUAAAGGUAAAAUAUUAUCAAAAGUAUUGAAUAAAUUCAUUAAAACUUCAUUAUCUCAAGCAAUGAAUGAACUUUAAUUAAUUUAUUUAGCUUAUAGAUAAAAGAAGAGAUAAACUUAUUAAAGAAAUUCUACUAAUUUAACAAAUAUUCUAGCCAAUUUAUUUUAUCGUUAAUCUUUUGACACUUUAAUUGAGCACAUGUAAAAAAAUGUUAUUGAAUUUGAUGAAGAUGAUGUUAUUAAAUAUAAUGAAAUGUUAGAUGAAAAUAAAAUAAUUGCUAUGGAAAUAUAACCAGCAGGUAAUGAAGGAUAAGCAGCAGAACCAGUUGAAUUAAAUCUUACACCUCCAGAGAAAAAAAGAAUUCUUAAAAUUAAACCUAAAGGUUAAUAAGAGACAAAAGUAUUUGGUAGUAGUUCUUAACAUGAAAAUCCAUAACCUUAUUAAAGAAAAAGUGUUGUUCAUAAUACUAUGAAAGUUUAAAAUCCUUUUUAGAGAUCAACAGGGAGAGCUUCAACUGUAAUUAAACCAAAUACUUUCCAAAGUUCUUAAAGUCUUAAACCAACAACUUAACUUGCGUAAUUAUUUAUUUCAAAUUUAAAUAGUCGUGGUUCAUUAUAAAAUAUUUCAGUUCCAUUUGGAUUGCAAUAACCAAAAACUAAUACCAAAAAAUAGACUACGAAAAUAAAAGAAGCUUAAGAAAAAUCAAAUUCGUAGAGUAAAUAACAUAGUUAAACUCCAUUAUCUUAAUCUUAUGUAUUAAUAUAAUUUAAUUUAAUUAGGCAACAAUAAGUUAAAAUUAAUCCUAAGCAUCCAUUUAGAAAUAAAUGUCAUAAGAACAAUUAGCACAAAUAUAAAAGAAUAAAAUAGCAUCCUAAUUUAAAAGAAUGGGAUCAGUGUAAUUAUCUGGAGCAUUCAAAAAAUCAUGAUAUAAAUUUAUAUUAAUA